ACUGUUUUAUCUUUGGUUUUUUACAAAGGAAACUAUUUUUCUUAUUCUAAAAUAAUUAUCAUUUUUUAAUUUCAAAUUUAUUUUAAAUUAAUUAUAUUUUUUUAUUUUUUACAAUAAAUAAAUAUAUUUUUUAUUUUAACCAUAUCUUUAUUUUUAUUUAUCUAUGAAGUCAUGCUAUAAGCUACUGAUGAAUGCUUCAGCAGAGGAUACAUCUACAAUUCUGAAGAGAUGUUGGCAUCAAUUGUUCCUAAGAAGGUCAGUACUUUUAUAUGGCAAUCAUUAUAUAAAAGAAUUCCAACUAAAAAUAAUUUAUUAGCCAGAGGAGUACUCAAAAAGGAAUCUCAAGCAAUAUGUGUUUUGUGUGGAACUUGCAUUGAAAGUGUAGAACAUUUAUUGCUUACUUGUCCGUUUGCUUGGAGAUUGUGGUCUAAAUGCUUAGCGUGGUGGGGAUACAUUAUGUAAUUUAUUGCAUGUUAGAGUAGGUUUUCCAGCAACAUAUUGGCAUGUUAGGUAAAAGGAAAAGCUGAAGUGGGUGGGAGGUAGUUGGUAAGCUAUCACAUGGACCAUAUGGCUAGGAAGGAAUUAUUAUAUGUUCAAAGGGACCGAAGUUGAUGGGGACAAACUAUAUGUGAUAUGGCUACGAAAGAAUUAUUAUAUGUUCAAAGGGACCGAAGUUGAUGAGGACAAACUAUUCUCUUUAGUUCAAACAAGAUCACACCAGUGGAAAGCAGCAAGAUCAUACCAGUGGAUAGCGGUAAGAUCAAGACAGUCGGCUUUCUCUUUCUCGGAAUGGUUGAUGAUCCCGAAGGAAUGUGAUAGACUGUUGCAGAAAAACAAUAAAAAAGAAGUAGGAAGGAUAGUUAAUCUUGUGCUUGGAGAAGGAAAUCAGUAAACUUAUUAUGUAAAUGGAUAGAAAUACUCUUUGUAUUCCAUUAAUAAAAAUCUUUUUUUGCU